AUGCCGCCUCCCCCCCAUCAGAAACCCGAGAAUGUUCUCAAGAGGGCUCAUGAGUUGAUGGGCGUUGGGCAGUCCCAAGCUGCUCUCGUUCUUCUCCAUGAACAUAUCACCUCGAAGCGCUCACGAAAUGUUCCGAUCACGUCGCUUGAGCCUGUGAUGCUCCUCCUCGUCGAACAGUCUGUAGAGCAAAAGAAGGGGAAACUCGCGAAGGAUGCGCUUUAUCAAUACAAGAACAUCAGCCAGAACACAAACAUUGGCACAAUUGAGCUUGUCCUAAAAACAUUCAUCGAACUCGCGGAGGCAAAAGUGAAAAAUGCACAAGUGAAGGCAGAUGAGGUCCAGUCAUCGCUGGAGACCACCGCAGCUACUGCCAGUAUUGAUGAUCUUGAAGCUAGCGAAACACCAGAGUCCAUCCUUCUUUCGACUGUUUCCGGCGAGCAGUCCCGAGACCGUACAGAUCGGGCAAUUGUCACACCAUGGCUAAAGUUUCUUUGGGAGACAUAUCGCACUGUUCUCGAUAUCCUGAGAAACAAUGCGAGGUUGGAGAUCAUGUAUCAGAGCACUGCAAUGCAAGCCUUCGAGUUCUGCCAGAAAUAUACUAGAAAGACAGAAUUCCGCCGUCUUUGCGAGCUUCUCCGAAACCAUGUCCAGACUGCUGCGAAAUACUCUGCCCAGAUGCACGCUAUCAACUUAAACGACCCGGAUACUCUACAAAGACAUCUUGAAACCCGUUUUCAACAACUCAAUGUCGCAGUCGAACUCGAACUGUGGCAGGAAGCUUUCCGCAGUGUUGAGGAUAUCCAUACAUUGCUCAACCUCAGCAAGCGGCCACCAAAGAAUAUUAUGAUGGCAAAUUAUUACGAGAAGUUGACUCGAAUUUUCUUAGUCGGCGAAAAUUACCUUUUCCAUGCUGCUGCUUGGUCUAGAUAUUAUAACCUCCUUCGUCAGUCUGCGUCUAUGGUUGCUACUGGCCAAAGCAAGAAGUCCGACAGCCCAGCAACCACAGAAGCAGACCUAUCCAAGGCCGCUUCCUUCGUCUUACUCUCUGCUCUUGCUAUCCCUGUCAUUAGCACAUCAAGAUCUCGUGGCGCGUUGGUCGACAUCGAUGAGGCUAAAAAAAACAAGAACUCUCGGCUCACACACUUGCUGGGAAUGGCACAAGCUCCCACACGUGCUGUUCUUUUCAGAGAUGCCAUGAGCAAAGGCCUUCUCAAACGUGCUCGCCCGGAGAUUCGCGAGCUUUACAACAUCUUGGAAGUUGAUUUUCAUCCGCUUUCGAUCUGCAAGAAAAUAUCUCCUAUCCUGGUCCAAAUCGGUGCUGAUUCGGAAAUGGAGAAGUAUGUGCUUCCUCUUCAGCAAGUUAUCCUUACAAGGCUAUUUCAGCAGCUGUCACAAGUCUACGAGACCGUGGAUCUCGCAUUUGUUGAAAACCAAGCCCAGUUCCCAGAGCCAUUCCAAGUCACCAGAGAUACCAUCGAAAAAUUCAUCAUGAAUGGAAACAAGAAGGGUGAUCUCGCUAUUCGUAUGGACCACGCCACUGGAGUUCUUAGCUUCGACACCGAUGUUUUCUCGUCCACCAAGGCUAUCAAUGCUGGCUCUAGUUCUGGAUCUGCUGAGAGUGAAACUUCUUCGGUGCAAAGACUUCAAAAUACACCUUCUGAGAUUGUUCGCACACAACUCACACGAUUAGCGAAGGCGCUUUAUGUUACUUGCCAAUACAUCGAUCCGUCGGUUAAUGAAGCUAGAGUUGCAGCUCAGCAGGCCGCAUAUGCAAGAGCAAAGGCAGGUUUCGAUCAAGAGCAUCGUGAUACUCUAGCUCGUAAAGAUAUCAUCGCUAAGCGCAAGGAGGAAGCUUCUCAACUUCAAGCUGCCAAAGAGAAAGAAGAUGCUACCCGGAAACGCAUUAAGGCUGCACAGCUUCAAGAAGCCGAAAAUGCUCGUUUAGCUCAAGAGACGAAAGAGCGUGAUGAGAAGCGCAUGAAGGCAGAGCUAGAUCGUGUGCGUAAGGCUGAGAUGGCAAAGGAAAUCGCCGCUCUGAAGCUUGGACCGAAGACGAUCAACAUCGAUGCCGAGGACUUGGAGAACCUCGAUGCUGGUCGUCUUCGUGCCUUAAAGCUGCAACAGCUGGAACGUGAGAAGAAUGAUAUCAACGAAAAGAUGCGAAUUACUGCUAAACGCAUUGACCAUCUUGAGCGAGCGUUCCGGAAGGAAGAGGCAAAGAAGUUACCAGAGGAUUAUGCUACACAACGCCAACGCGACUUGGAAGCGUACGAGAAGAUCAAGGCUCAGACACUGAAGGAUGCCGAAGCGAAGCACAAAGACAACGUUGAGCUGAAGCACAGAUUAACACGCCUUGUACCGUUCUAUGACUCUUUCAAGGAGAAUAUUGUGGAGCGCCGGCACGAUGAAUUCGAGAAGCGCCGCCGUGAUGCCGAGAAGGAACUCGAAAAACAGAUUGCAGCACGACGAAAGGAAUUCCGUGACCGAAAGGCCCGUGAGAAGCGAGAGCGUGCUGAACAGGACCGGAUUUUGCGUGAAGAAGAGGAACGGGCUGCGAAGGAGGCUGAGGAGAAAUUGGCGAGAGAAGAGAAGAAGAGGCUUGAGUUCGCGGAGCUCAAGGCCACCCGCGAGAAGGAGAGACAAGAGGCUCUGGAAAUUGCAGCCCUUCAAGAGCGAAGAGCAGAGGAAGCCGCCGAGCGCCGUAGGAAAGAAAAGGCCGCCGGUUCGUCACGCGGAGUGCCUAUGGAUCGUGCCGAGUCUGGCUCUGGUGCCGGGACUCGACCUCCACUUCCCCUUGCAGGUGCUAAGCUUGGAUGGAGAGAAAAGGAGAAGCUUCGCGCAGAGGGCAAAGAGGUGCCAGCUAUUACACGUACUGAGUCACCUGCUGCUCGCGCUUCUCCCAUGGGUCGGGCACCACCGACAGAGCGUGUUGACUCUAACGAACGCCCAGCCGAGCGUGGUCCACCGCGUCUUGCUCUUGCUGGCGGUAAGCCAUCCUGGAGAGAACGAGAGGCUGCUAAAAGUGGCGGUGCUGGCAGCGAUUCUGCUCCACCACCACGAAAUCUGCCACCUCCUAUGGCAAGAGGUCGCUCUGGACGCGGCGAGGAAGAACGCGAACCCGCCCCACGUCCUACACCAGCCAGCGAUAGUCUCAAGCCCUCCGGCGGUGCUGGCAAGUUUGUUCCCCCUCAUCUGCGUAACAAGUCUUAA